AUGAUGCCAAAGAAAAAGUCGCGGACUAAGCAAGGUUCUUCGUUUUUGCUCCACUUACUGUUUUGUAAAAGCUCCCGUAGAGGAUGAUGUGCCAGAUGAUUUGAGCACGAGGAGCAGGUGCAGUGACGACAGCGAGGCUGAUCAUGGCGCCUCCACAGAGGUACGAAAUGACCAUCUGUAUUUCAAUAUCUCUUUGUGAAGUUAUUUAUCCUUUGUCUUCGGAACGAAUGUCAGUUUGAAGUAGUCACGCUAAACUCGAGUUUAGACACUCCAUCGACUAUCUAAAAUUUCUCGGAUAUUUUACCGACGCUUUACUUGUGAGCCUCGCCUAAUGCGCGGUGUAUAGUGGGACAAUAUAUAUUGCCCCAAUGGAAUCUGAGACUAGAUCUGGGACCCCUUUGGAAAUGUACAAUGGGCUGCUUAAUUGUCCUACUAAUAACUACGCAAAUUUUUUGUGGCGCCCUGUUCCGCUGGGUCAGUUUCUUCUAAUUUUUUGCUUCUCAUAUAUAGCACCUGUCAGACCUCGUAUUGCUAUGCGUACUAGGCAGUAUGCUUUAUUGGUCAUUUGCCAGUAAAGUGAGCCCGGACAGAACUUUUCAUGUAUGACCUAAUGAAACCCUAACCAUUAUAUUGCCUAAGUCCUAAGAAAUCGUAUUUCGCAUUCUUAGCAUUAAUUCUAAGCUUCGCUGUCUUCCAGACCGAUCCGGAGCUAUCGUCGGCCUCUACAUUGUCCAAACUGGCCGCUGCAGUUGACUCACUUUAUGAAAAACGGCCCGAUCUUCGAGUCUCAGCCCUCCAGGCUCUGAUAAAGACUUUCCGGACCAACUACAUCUUCUUAGACGAUUCGUGGAAUUAUUUAGAUACCUUCCUCAGUGGUCUUGAGGGCGUCAUGAAGAAGGGAAAACCACAGGAACAGGCAUUGGCUGCAGAAUGUCUCGCUGUGUCCAGCGUUCUUUCAACACCUUUCGACGUGCGCUCGCUGGUUUCUCGGUUUCAAUCCUUGCUGGAAACCAAGUUAUCUGAUGCCUCGGUAACAUCAGCCUUUCGAGGGGCAUGCGCCAAUGCGCUGGCCAUAUUGGUAUUCCUUGGGAACUUUGAUGACUAUUCCGCGAUCAGAAGCAUGAUGAAGACGUUCGAAGGUAUAUUUCGCGGAUCAUGUUUGAAGGGUGACGGAAAAGCACCCACCAACCCACCGCCCGUGUGUACCAUGCAUUGUGCUUGCAUUCGAGCCUGGGGACUUGUCUAUACCGCCUUGCCAAGCUUCGAUGCGAAGACGAUCGGUGUGGAUAUAAUACCCUGUUUGCUGAGCCUCCUGCAGACAUCGAGCCUCGAAGUCCGCAUCGCAGCUGGUGACGUUAUUGCUUUGAUUUACGAACGAAUACGGCAUGAAGUCGAUCCAGACUUCCGAGGACCACACUUUAGUCAGCUUAUUCAGCUUCUGACUGACCUAGCUACUGAUGGGACUAAAUCUAAGUCGAAGGUCGACUUGAAGAAACAAAGACAGUCUUUCCGAGACGUCUUAAAUUUUUUGAAGGCGUCCGACAUGCCUUUUGAGCAAAGCAUUCAAGUAGGAACUGAACGCCUGGAACUCACGUCUUGCAGUCAGAACUAUCACUACGAAGUUCUUUGUCAGUUGCUGGCGUAUGGUUUGAACACUCAUCUCCAGCAGAAUGAAUUGGUCCGCUCGGUGUUUGAUAUGGGACCGCCGGUAGCGAAGUCUGCUUUGUCGAAUGUUGAAAAAUCGAUGAAUAAGGCCGCUCGUCACUACGCCAACCAGUUUGCCUUCAAAGUACGGACUCAGUAUAUGCUGCCAUCACGUGAUAAGCGGGCGAACGUUGUCGAUGCCGAUGUAGACAUGUAA